GGGGGAGGGUUUAAAGAAGACUGGGAGCCAUCUUAUCCGUUCGGUUUAUACCCCCUAUAUACCACCAUACUCUACCCACACAUACCCGGGAAUAAUUCGGAUUUCAGCCGGAUUCGGUUGAAAGCUCUUCGGAUCAUCAGCAUUGAGAAUUAGGAGAGAGACACGAGUGGUCGCAGAGAUCAGGACUAAAAUGACUAACCAUCUGGCUGCUUAGCCUCUCUCCGGUUUGGGAAAUCUUGUUUUGUGAAGGCGGGAACCUCCUUUUGAAGGUGAAUUUCCCACUUGCAGAAUCUGUGACUAACUGCUUGAGCAACAAGACAUUUUGUGUUGAGAUGUUCCACAAAAGACUGACCUUGAGGAACAGCGAGUUGUGAAAAUUGCUUGGACUUUGUGCUUUGGACUUCAUAAAACAAAAAAAAAACUAAACAUAAACUAAAAAACUGUUAAGGACGUCUUAAUUUCCUGCGAGUUUGUUGGGAGAAGGAGUGUUUCUCCCACUUUUUUCCUUUCCCUGGUCAAAAGAAUUAGAGACAUGAGUACAGCCAGAACGGAGAACCCAGUGAUUCUGGGACUGUCCAAUCAGAAUGGCCAAAUGAGGGGCUCGGUGAAGCCGACAGGAGGACCUGGUGGGGGAGGAGGGGGACCUCAGACAACACAGCCCACCCAGAUUAAAGCUUCCAGCACAAUCAACAAUGGCAACUCCCAGCCUGUGCCCACAGUCAACACAGUCAUCAAACCUGGAGAUGACUGGAAGAAGAACCUAAAGCUUCCUCCUAAGGAUAUGCGAAUGAAAACUUCUGAUGUCACCGCAACAAAGGGGAAUGAAUUUGAAGAUUACUGCCUGAAACGGGAGCUGCUAAUGGGCAUUUUUGAGAUGGGCUGGGAGAAGCCGUCACCUAUCCAGGAGGAGAGCAUUCCCAUUGCUUUGUCUGGGAGGGACAUUCUGGCUAGAGCCAAGAACGGCACAGGAAAGAGUGGAGCCUACCUCAUUCCCUUACUUGAACGUAUUGACCUGAAGAAAGACUGCAUACAAGCAUUGGUCAUUGUGCCCACCAGAGAACUGGCUCUGCAGGUGAGCCAAAUCUGUAUACAGGUCAGCAAACACAUGGGUGGGGUUAAGGUCAUGGCAACCACCGGUGGAACCAACCUCCGUGACGACAUCAUGAGGCUUGAUGAGACAGUGCACGUCGUUAUUGCCACUCCUGGAAGAAUUUUGGAUCUCAUCAAGAAAGGAGUGGCGAAAGUUGGCCAGGUGCAGAUGAUCGUACUGGAUGAGGCAGAUAAGCUCCUGUCCCAAGACUUUGUGCAGAUGAUGGAGGAGAUUUUGAGCUUCCUGGCCAAACAAAGGCAAAUUUUGCUGUACUCUGCAACCUUCCCUCUUAGUGUACAGAAGUUCAUGAAUUCCCACCUGCAGAAGCCUUAUGAGAUAAACCUUAUGGAGGAGCUGACCCUGAAGGGUGUGACCCAGUAUUACGCCUACGUUACUGAAAGGCAGAAAGUCCAUUGCCUUAAUACUCUGUUCUCUAGGCUCCAGAUCAACCAGUCUAUAAUCUUCUGCAAUUCGUCCCAACGGGUGGAGCUCCUGGCUAAAAAGAUUUCCCAGCUUGGAUAUUCCUGUUUCUACAUUCAUGCCAAGAUGAGACAGGAACACAGGAACCGUGUUUUCCAUGACUUCAGAAACGGCUUGUGCCGAAAUCUCGUCUGCACCGAUCUUUUCACAAGAGGAAUUGACAUCCAAGCUGUGAAUGUGGUGAUCAACUUUGAUUUCCCCAAGCUCGGGGAGACAUACCUCCACCGUAUUGGCAGAUCUGGUCGUUUUGGACACUUGGGUCUUGCCAUCAAUCUGAUCACCUACGAUGACCGCUUUAACCUGAAGGGCAUUGAGGAGCAGCUGGGCACUGAGAUCAAGCCCAUUCCUAGCAGCAUUGAUAAGAGCUUGUAUGUGGCAGAGUAUCACAGCGAGAGCAGUGAGGAGGUCAAACUGUGAGGAGAAGAGAACACCAGUCGCUACGUCCCCUGAUGUCCAUCCCGUCUGCUUCCUUGCCGUGUCUAGGGGACGACUUUUUUCCUUCCUUUUUUUUUUCUUUUCCCUUUUCUCUUGUGUUGUCCUUUUACUUUUUACUUUAUGUUCCUCUUCUUAAAUUGUCCUAUUUUUUCCCUUUUACCUUCAGUCUGUCUUUCUCCUUCCUUCUUUUUUUUUCUCCCUUUGUGCCACCAAAAAGGAGUUUUGAUUGAAACAGGCCAAUAAUGGGGGGAAAUCAUGGCCUACUUAAAAGGACUGCUGACCACUUCCUGUUCUGAAGAUUUUUAAGCACUUGAGAAGAGAAGGGUAGAAAGGGACAAUAGAAGCUGCUUUACUGGUUCGUCACCUGAAGAAGCAUGUGACCACUCUGCUGCCGACCUGUUCAUUACCCACCCACCUCCAUGCCCAGCUCUGCCCAUCCCACUCUGCAGCACGCACUGCGCUUCUUUUCAUUUCUGUAGUUAAUUUGUAUCAAGUGCCUUAACAAGCAGUCAAACUUGUUCAGAAGUAAUAAUGUUUUUUCUGGAUCUUGCCCCACACCCGUCAUGCACUUGCCAAGGUUUGGUAAUCACCAUUGUUAUUAUUAUUUUUUAUUAUUAUUAUUAUUUGUGAGGAUUCAUUACUCUCAUCCCCUGCAAUGUUUAGAAGCGUUUCUUUUUUCUAUUCCCCUUUCCUCUUGCUUUCUGUUCUGGGCGAGUGGACGGGUCGGAGGUUGGCGUUUUAGGUUGGUGAGCUGGUGCUGGCUCCGAUACAUGUGGACGAAGCAACUUUUCCUCUGGAAGAAGUGGAAGUUGAUUGACUGACUGUUCUAAGUGAUGAAGGCGGGACUUAAUGAUGCUUUUCUGAUCUUUUCGUAAAGUCCCGAAAAAUGUCCUGAGUGGCGUUUAAUUUCGUUAUAACAGAACCUAUGCUUCUACAGACUUCCCAGACUGUCUCCCUUUAUCUUCGGCGUGCACACACUACGAGAAACUGGAUCAGAGACUCACGCCAGCCUUUAUCUCUGGCCAUGAUCAUUCCCCCACCAGACGAAUGUGGAAAUAUUGGAUUUUUUUUUUCUUUUUUCCCCCCUUCUUUUCCCUGUUUGCCCUCCCCCUUCUCUUCAUGUUCUGAAGUUGUGCAGUUUCUUUUUCCUGUCGGUCGUUUGGUGGCGACCCCUUGUUGUCCUAGAUGUGCCACUGGAUGCAGUUUUGGCACAUUGUAAACUUUGUAAAUACUUGAUUUUUUUAUUUUUAACGAGUCGUUUUAAAACAAGCUCAAAAAAAGGCUGGAUGGUUGUGAGAAACAUCUGAGAUGUGGGAUUCUGUCAGCACUGGAAAGUGUUUGGAUUAUUUAAUGAAAUAUAUUUUAUAGAAUUUUUGUUUAAACCCUAGCCCCUGCUUUUUUUGAGCAAAUAUAAAUGUGAUCUGCGUAUGAAGACCAAGUUUAAACCUGGCAACUUUUUUUUUUUUUUUUUUUUUUUUUUAAAUUAACAAAAAAAUAGUAAGUUCAAAUGUAUUUAUUUUUGGAUUUUUUGCAUAAAGUAUUGGCAUGGAGUUUUAGUUGUAAAUACACCCGAAUAAUGACCAUUAUGCACAGAAUCUUUUUUUUUUUUUUUUUUUUACAGUCCGUUUCAAGUCAAAGUCCAAAAAGGUGUUUGGAUUAGUUAUUUGCCCUUGAAUAAUAAUAAUUGCGAUCCCAAAUUACUAACCAGUGUUGAUGCUUGACCACAUCUGGAUGCUGGAUGUCAGUAGCUCAACUAGACUUUGAGAUUUUGUGCGAGAUUUCGUUAAACUGAAGAUUUAAACAAAAAAAGAAAUCUCUCCAGCCUUUGAUCCAGCUUGUUUCGCUGACGUACGAGGAGCUCGUCUGGGUUCCUGGUCAGGAUGACUGACUCGAAUCGUAUAUAAGAGGUGGGCACUUUUGAACAUCAUGUAGUAGAAAAAUGCUUCUUGCUGCAGUGCAGCUGAAAUAUUGGCUUUUUUUGUUUUUUUUUGGGGUAGGUCAGGUGGGGGUCAAAACAAACUUCACCUCCAUUCGAAUGGUAUAUGUAAGUAACUGUUACACUGAUUGAUGGAUUGUUCGUUUGAUCGAUGUUCACUGCCAAUGGCACUGGUACAUGAUUCUGCCGGCUGGGGGUGAAGUUAGGAGAACGGGGUGGGGAUAAUUAUUAUUUUGGUUGGAAAAAUUGACGUAGAUUUAUUUUGGUGUUCAGAAAAGAAAGCAAAGAAUGCAAAUCUCUCAAAACAAAAGUUAAUGAUGAAUAAAUAAAUGUAGCGACAACAGUGGAGGAAGAGAUUUUACAGUGUAAAAACCCAGUUUUCACUAAAUGCUGCAGAGAUCUUUAAAAAACACAAAAAACAAAACGUAAAUCGAAGCCUUUAGCAGUGUGGACUUUUUAGUUCUGGGACUGGGUAAGAAGACUUAAUUGCACUGCACUUGCCCUCUAGGGGCUGAAGUAUUCUUUAUUGGGAGGGGAGGGGUGGGGUGGUUGUGAAUAUGGGAGGACGUAAUGGGUGCUGAUAACCAAAUUUCUUUUUCUUUUUUUUUUUUUUUGGGAGGGAGGGUGUUUGGGUAAAAAAAAAAAGGUUUGCAGAAGUUGGGAUCACUCUGCUUUAACACUAAAAGCAUUGAAGGACAUUUGAGGGAGGGAGGGAGGGAAAUUUGGGAUUUUUUUUUUGUGGGAGGGGUGGGAUAUUUAUAUUAUAUGGUGGUAUUAUUUAUUCGAUUGUAUUUGUUCACUCCAUUGCCUUUGUUUGUGCCAUUAUUUGUACAGCACAGUUAAUGUGCUCAACGUAUUCAUGACACAGCAUUGUCUUAGGAGCCCCCUGAUAAUUUUGUCACUUUAGGCGAGACAUACAUAUACAUAUAUUUGUGGUUCUGCCUGCUCUACCUAUUGGUGUUGCACCUGUGCAACUUGUGACUUGAAAGGGGUUUCCCAUCUAAAAUGAUAGUGAUGAUUCAUUGGAUAAAUUGAAGUGAGGACAAAACAAGAAAGUCUUAAAGUCUUGGUGUUUUAUUUUAAAGGUGGUGAUUGUAUUUAAGUUGCAGCACCAGAUGGUAGAGUAGGUUUGAACUUAGACAUUCAUCCUUUCUCCUACAGUGGCCCAAAUAUUGUGCACAUAGACCUCCUUUUAUUAAUUAGAUUGACGUUUUUUACUCCUUUUACCUAUUUCUUGGGUGGAGGAAUGGGUGGGGUUGUUUAUUUUACUCUUUAUUAAAAACAUAAAUACUGAGGGGGUUUAUGUGACUCUAGGAGAGAGGAUGUGUGUUAAACAAGGCAUUUGGCAGCUUGCCUUUUUUUUUUGUUAUUUUUCUUUAAUUAUUUUUUCCUACUUUUAUUGAGAACAUGGCCUUUUCUUUUUCAUACACAUUGGCGUGCACUAUCACCAUAUGCCAUUAAGACCAAGUGUAUACUGAAAGUAAAGGCUGUGAACUAAUGAAGAUUUAAGGCUUAUUUUUUUGUUUUUUGAAGAUUGAGCUUGAGACUGUCUCGCCAUAUUCAAUUGGAUUGUUAAAAAAUGGAUUUUAAAAAAGUCACUCUUGUGAAAAGAUCUCAAUCUCAGUCUUCAGGGGUUAUUUAUUAUUUUUGUUUUUCUGUUGUGGGUGGGUGGGUGGGUUUUGUGGGUGGGUGCUGAUCUGCUGCUCUGAUGCAUCUUUCCACGUCUUCGCUGUAGAGCAGGGAGGGGCUACUGUUAUGAAGUUGAUGGUGCUGUUUGUUUGUUCUUCAGCCUUACAGCUCAGGAGAUGCCCGUGAUCACCCCUGUCUGCUCUACAGCAGGUCUAAAGCCAGCCUGGAUGGUAUAGAUGCCAGUGUUUGGAAAGUAAGAAUGUGGAUAAGAUGCAUCAGCUGGGGAGGGCUGAGUUUGGGUGGGUUCACACUUUGGGGAAACCAAGAAAAGUAAGUUUAAAAGAAAAAAAAAAUGAAACCUUUAAAAGCCACAAAUUCGGAGUAACUGGGGAAGGAAAAUCAGUUGUAAAACCUGUGCCCUGAUGUUUUCUUUUUGUUUUUCAUUGAGAUGAAUGUCAAUAUUCUGUUCACGAUGCAAGAAUUUGACUGUUUGGCUUUUUUUUUUUGGUUCUUUUUGAAUUGGCACAUUUUGGCAGUGAAGCUUUAUUAGUAAAAUAAAAAUGUGGUUCUCAAAAAAAUUAGAGAUUUUGUUUGAAAUAAAGCUCACUGAAAUUCCA